AUGCGUGAGGACCUGACCUCAAGCUCCAAAACUUACAUAAAAAUGGAGACAUGGCAGUGCAUGCUUGUGGUCUCCACACUGGAGAAGCAGAAGCAAGAGCAGCCCUGGGACUUGCUGAGCAGCCAGUGUAAAGAAAAUGCCAAUGCCACUAAGAGGAGACCGCAGAAUAAAGCAAAGUGCCCAACAGUAAUAACCCAGGUAGAGCCGAGCAGGGCCGAGACGAGGCCCCAGAUUCGGGUCACCGUCAAGACCCCCAAGGACAAGGAGGAGAUCGUGAUCUGCAAUCGAGCCUCGGUCAAGGAGUUCAAGGAGGAAAUCUCCCGGAGGUUUAAGGUUCAGCAGGAUCAGCUGGUCCUGAUCUUCGCAGGCAAGAUCCUCAAGGAUGGAGACACACUGAACCAGCAUGGGAUUAAGGAUGGGCUCACAGUCCAUUUAGUCAUCAAGACCCCUCAGAAGGCUCAAGAUCCAAUGGCCACGCCUACUUCUCCACCAUCCCCUCCUGACUCUGCCUCUGCACCCUCCACCACACCUGCCUCCCCUGCUGCCCCUGCCCAGUCCUGAGGUUCUGGCAAUGCCACUUCAGAUUCUGGCAAUGGAGGAGGACCCUCUCCAGUGGCUGCAGAGGGGCCCCCAAGUGCUACUGCAUCGAUUCUCUCUGGCUUUGGGGGCAUCCUUGGCCUAGGCAGUCUGGGCCUGGGUUCUGCCAACUUCAUGGAGCUACAGCAACAGAUGCAGAGACAGCUCAUGUCCAACCCUGAGAUGCUCUCACAGAUUAUGGAGUACCCCUUGGUCCAGGAUAUGAUGUCAAACCCUGACCUGUUGCGUCACAUGAUCAUGGCUAACCCCCAGAUGCAACAGCUGAUGGAGAGGAAUCCUGAGAUCAGCCACAUGCUCAACAACCCUGAGCUCAUGAGACAGACAAUGGAGCUUGCUCGGAUCCCAGCCAUGAUGCAAGAAAUGAUGAGGAACCAGGACCGGGUCCUCAGCAACUUGGAAAGCAUCCCUAGAGGGUUUAAUGCCCUCCGCCGCAUGUACACCGACAUCCAGGAGCCCAUGCUCACAGCUGCUCGGGAACAGUUUGGCAACAAUCCCUUCUCUUCCCUGGCCGGGAACUCCGACAGCACAUCUUCCCAGCCUCUUCUGACUGAGAAUCGAGAGCCCCUCCAACCCUGGAGCCCCUCGCCCCCCAUCUCCCAGGCCCCCGGGUCCGGUGGGGAGGGCACCGGAAUAUCGGGGACCAGCCAGGUGCACCCGACAGUCUCGAACCCCUUUAGGAUCAAUGCGGCUAGCCUGGGGUCAGGGAUGUUCAACAGCCCAGAAAUGCAGGCGCUCCUCCAGCAGAUUUCUGAAAACCCCCAGCUGAUGCAGAAUGUGAUCUCAGCCCCUUGCAUGCGCAGCAUGAUGCAGACACUCGCCCAGAACCCUGACUUUGCUGCUCAGAUGAUGGUGAAUGUCCCACUGUUUGCGGGGAAUCCACAGCUUCAGGAGCAACUCCGUCUGCAGCUCCCUGUGUUUCUGCGGCAGAUGCAGAACCCAGAGUCUCUCUCCAUCCUCACCAAUCCCCGGGCCAUGCAGGCCUUGCUGCAGAUUCAGCAGGGACUGCAGACCCUGCAAACUGAAGCCCCUUGGCUGGUACCAAGCCUUGGCUCCUUUGGGACAUCCCGGACCCCUGUACCCCUGACAGGCAACUCUGGGUCUGCAGCGGAGGCCCCCACCCCCUCCCCAGGCAUGUCAGCCACGCCUCCUCCCACAGCGGGUUCCAGUGCCCAGCAGCAGCUCAUGCAGCAGAUGAUCCAGCUUCUGGCUGGAAGUGGAAAUUCACAGGUGCCGAUGCCAGAAAUGAGAUUUCAGCAGCAGCUGAAGCAGCUCAAUUCCAUGGGCUUUGUCAACCGUAAAGCUAACCUACAGGCCCUGAUCGCCACAGGUAGGGACAUCAAUGCAGCUAUUGAGAGACUCCUGGGGUCCCAGCUCUCCUGAUCCCUUGGCCCGUGCCUCCUGCCUUCCCCAGCUCUCAGUGCCAGCCUUCUGGCUCCUCUGUCAAACCCUACCUUCUGAAGCCUUCUUUGACCUCUACAAACAACAGGGUGAUUCUGGAGGCCUGGGCCCAUCCCCAUAGCUCUGUUCAAGGGUUUUGAUUUUGUUGCUGUCUUAUGAAAUCCUUUCUCCCGGGCCUCCGAGCAGAACUAUUUAGUUUGCACAGUUGGACAUUUGGCCCUACCUCCUUGCCCACAGUACUUUGGCAAUGUGCAGUCUUCUCCCAGGGUCUGAGAGGAGGACCCCCUCUGGCUCCCCAGAGUCUUCCGUCGGCACCACUAGGCUUUAGCUUGCCUUACAUUUGCUCUUGCUCUCCUCCUUUCCUCCGCACCUCAGCCCAGCCAGUGUGUGGAUUUUACUCUCUGGAGAGGAGCUGACGAAACGCUGUAGUUUUCUUUCUCUACCCCUCUUGCAUAUUCACCCAGCAUUUUCUCAUGGGCUCCUUUGGGACUCUCAGGCAGGGAGAAAGAUUCCUGUCCUCUUGCCCAAAGGGAGCCAUGAACCACCACUCUGGGCAGGAUUGCCAAUAACAGACAAGACCAGCAGAGGCUGGUGCUGACGAGCACCAGCUGAGAGUUCCUGGAGACAGGGACUUGGGGAGACAGCCUGCGCUGAAGGCUGGGAAGUUUGAAUUGAGAGUUGGGGGUCUAGAAACACCAAU